GGUAUAUAUAUGAGAAAUACUUCAUUCUAGUUUCUAUAUUUCAUUUGUAUCAUAAACGAAAGUAUGAGCCACGACUGUACAAGGAGGCUUCAAACUGCUACAAGACAAAAACUCAGGAAAUUUAACUCUCUGCGUGGUCGAGAGGUGCAGCCUGGUGAGUUUUGGGAUGUAGUGGUUGUGACUGCUGUGGACGGGAGUCAGACAAAAUCGUAUGAGCUGCAAAUCAGCGAGAAAGUUGACAGAAAGGAGCUUCCUGUUGGAGUUCACUACAAAGUCUUCUCAGAUCCUCCUGGACCGAAAAUAGGGAAUGGAGGCUCCACUCUGUACGCACUGCAGCAACUAAAUGACAUCUAUGGAAAGUCUCUGGGCAAACUGAGAGUAAUCCUGAUUCAUGCAGGGGGGUUCAGUCAGCGUUUGCCCAGUGCCAGCGCUCUGGGAAAGAUCUUCAUGGCCGUGCCUUUGGGUGACCCCAUCUUUCAGAUGCUGGAGCUCAAACUAGCCAUGUAUGUGGAUUUCCCAUCACAAAUGAAGCCUGGUGUUUUAGUGACCUGUGCAGAUGACAUAGAGCUCUACAGUAUAGCAGAGGAGGAGAGUGUUAAGUUUGAUAAACCUGGCUUCACAGCUUUGGCCCACCCCUCCCCGCUCUCAGUAGGAACCACCCACGGCGUUUUUGUGUUGGAUCCACGUGAAAAAUCUUCAUACUCAGAAAUGGAGACUGCUUCCUGCCUGCACUUCCUGCACAAGCCAAGCGUUGAUAAGAUGCGAGGAAGUGGAGCUGUGUGUAAGCAGCAGAGUGGAUCGUUUACUGAUUCUGAAUUUGUCUACACAGACAGUACCUAUUAUGUGGACUUUGAUACUGCAAAGUCUCUUCUUAAUGUGCUGACAGAGUUAGGGCCAUUGAGCUGUGAGAUAGAUGCAUACGGGGACUUUCUUCAAGCACUGGGCCCUAAGGCCACAAUAGAAUACACCAACAACACUGCUAAUGUCACCAAAGAGGAGAGCAGUCUGGUGGAAAUCCGCCAGAAGAUCUUCCAUCUUCUCAAAGGGACUCCCCUGAAUGUCAUUCUUCUCAACAGCUCCAAGUUUUAUCACAUUGGAACCACCUCAGAAUACCUCUUUCACCUCACUGAGCACACAGCUCUGAGGGAUGAGCUGGGUCUCCUGUCGUCCGCCUUCAGUGUGCCCAUGAAUGAAAACCCUGAGGGCUCCUCUGGCUGCUGCAUUAUGUACAGUGUCCUCAAUCCGAGUUGCUCUGUGGGUGCUGGGUCAGUGGUGGAGUACUCCAGACUGGGAGCAGGAGUGUCUGUGGGUAAAGGCUCCAUCAUCAGCGGCUGCUGGGUCAGUCCAGGCCUGUCGGUACCUGGUGAAGCCUUCAUGCACUCCCUUUGUGUGAGCCACCACGGCCAAACCAGCUUUGUUACUGUCUUCUUUGGGAUUAAUGACAAUCUCAAGUACACUGUGGGCACUCCUGCAUAUAUGGAAGAGCUAAAGCUUUUUGGGUUCACCCUGGAAAAGUGUCUGUCCAUUUGGGGGAUGGAGAAGGAAGUCCUGAGGUUCUCUGGUGAUGCAUCCAGCUUUAAUUUGUGGAACGCUUGUUUGUUUCCAGUUUGCUCUGACCAGCAAAGCUCUUUCUUAACAUCUCUCAACAUGCUGCACGCCAUCCAGAGUGGUUCAACAAGUCCACUACCCAAAGACGCAAAGCUAAUGUCGAUGCAGGAGUGUUUGCAAUCUAAGAACCUGGAGGAGAUGUUGGAGCUCAGGAAGGGACUGUAUGAUGACAUCAUAAAGGAGAGAUUGAGCAGCUAAAAUGACAAUGUUUAUGCAUGUUUAGUUCAUAUGUAAAGUUUAUUAUGUCUGUAUGAGUUUGGAUGAUGAUUCAAUGGUUAAUUGUUUUGUUUUUGUUGUUUGUUUUUUUUAACCAAUCUGCAAUGCAUGCUUUUUAUAAACAUGAUGAGGGUUUCAUCCAAUUUAAUUUGGUAACACUUUACUUUUUUUUUUCUUCCCCCUCUGGACAAUACCAAUAUUGCUUGAACCUUUACCCCUUGACAGCCUACCAGGAACGAUCCUUGAAGCUCUUUUCUGAACUGAAAAAUUUCUGUCAGAUUUCAGGCUUGCCUAUAGAACAAAAUAACUGUUUGCAUCAGAAGUUCGUGAAGGUCAUCUCUACCCAUGCAUCUACCCUUGGGAAAAACACAGAAUGUCUUCUAAUGGGCGUCAAACCACAUCUUUAUUGAUAUAUACCCAGGUUCAUUAAAGGUACAGGGAAGGUUGUCUUUAUUAGGAAAAGGGUUAGAAGGACACGAUCAGGAGAGUAAAACCAAAGGCAAACUUCAGCCAUCUGUAAAACUUGAGAAAAUGAGAAAAAUGUGAAAUAAAGGACAAAAACA